AACGUUUUGCGACACAGAUGACGCCAAUAUAUAAGUUUGUAAGGUGUCCGAAAACUUUACAAACGAGCUUAGCUUGUUGUUGAAGAAACAACUCCGAGUGGCCUGCGAUUAGCUAAUCAAUAUGGCUACUAUUACAAAAUUGACAACGUUAGCCAUCCUACUAAGCAGCGCCUACGCUGGGUUCCUGCAUGGUCAUUCUCAUGAUAACGUACAUGAUCACUCUCACGAUCUACACAAUGGCUUGCAGGAUCACUCUCACCAUGGUUUAGAUGAACAUUCCUAUCAUGAUGACCACUCCCAUCAUGAUUUCAGUCACGGAUCGGCACCACUGCCUCAUCUAUCAGCACCCAGCGGGUUUGCAGGGUCAUCCAGUUUUUCCCCUAGUUCCUUCCCUGUGGGUUCUCUGCCAUCAGCCUCAUAUUCAGGGAGCGGUUUAAUUGGAGGGGGAUCUUUAGGAUAUAGCUCGGGCUUCGGAUCAGGUGGUCUUACUGGCGCUAACUUUGGCUCGUCUGGAAGUAUUGGAUCAGGUCUUUCCGGCCAUGAUUUAAGUUCUGGUCUCAGCGGAUCCCUUUUAUCUGGACCUGGUCUAUCAUCUGGAAUAGGCGGAUCCGUAAUAAGCGGAGGAGCUCUACCGGGUGCAGCUUUACCUGGACUUGUAAAUGGUCAGUCAGCCCCACUUGGCCCUAAGGCUCCAGUUAUUGAUGAGAUUCACGGGCUAGCUAACAGCAAUGGUGCACCAACACAAUACCGAGUACGUGAAGAAACUUACCAAGUAUUCAGAGAUGUCCACCACAGAGUUCCACAGCCUGUACCAGUUCCAGUACCACAAACUGUACAAAUUCCAGUUCCACAGCCUUACCCGGUUCAAGUACCAGUAGUCAAAAACGUACCAGUGCCAGUCGUUAAGAUUCAACAUGUAAAAAUCGAUAAGCCAGUGCCGUACCCAGUAGAGAAAAUUGUCAAGGUACCAGUUGAGAAGGUAGUAAAAGUACCAGUUGACCACCCUGUUCCCGUUGAGAAGGUUGUGGAAGUGCCUGUCGUGAAAUUGAUCAAGGUUCCAGUACAUGUUGUGAAAAAAUACCCAGUCCCAGUAUUCAAGACUGUUCACCACAAAGGCCACGUAAGCCACGGCUGGCAUGGACAUCAAAGUCACGGCCUCAGCUAUGGACAUGGACACGAGAGUCUUGGCCACAGCUAUGGGCAUGGACAUGAGAGUCUGGGCCAUGGCUAUGGGCAUGGUGUAGAGAGUCUUGGCCACAGCUAUGGGCAUGGACAUGAGAGUUUGGGCCAUAGCUAUGGGCAUGGACUCGAGAGUCUUGGCCACAGCUAUGGGCAUGGACACGAGAGUCUCGGCCUCAGUUAUGGGCAUGGACACGAGGGUCUCGACCACGGCUACGGGCAUGGACACGAAAGUCUUGGCCAUGGCCAUAGUUUUGGUCACGAUGAAUAUGCUCACGGUCACGAUGCAUGUACAUAUGACAAAACAAUACUUUUACAAUUCCUCCGUCUAAAAAUAGUUAUAAUUAAUCUAAAAGCCAUGGCAUUUGUUGUUAAAAUAACAAUUUUGGCUGCGUUGGCCUACAGUGCAAACGCUGGCCUCUUACACGGCCACGGCUCAGACUCCUACGUUUCGUCAGCACUAAAUGCACCAUCAGCGUCAUAUGGACCACCUUCAACAACCUAUGGUGUACCGUCUGGACCAAGUGUCCUAAGCAGUCAUGGAAGUUCUAUCGACGGUGGACUUCAUCACGAUUCAAGCCAGGGAUCAUUAUUAGACGGACAUUCACACGGUGAUUCUUUGAGUGGCUCCUAUAACAGCGGUCAUUCAUCUGGCUUCACACCAAUUGAAGGACCAAACUUUUCCGGACCUAGUUCAGGACUAGAUGGGUCAGGCUUAGGAAGUUCUUGCCAUGGAGGUUCUGGCUUAGGUGGUUCCGGCUGCGGAGGCUCAGGACCCUCAUCUUCAGCAUUAGACGGCCCCGGUCUGUCGGGACCCGGUCUUACAGGACCAGCUUUAUCCGGACCCUCUUUCAGUGGACCAGCCUUGGCUGAACAAGGUUUAGCUGGACCCGCUUAUUCUGGACCCACUUAUUCUGGACCCGCUGAUAUUUCCACUCAAGUUUUACCUGGUGCUGUGAUCAAUUCCGCAAUAACCACUAAUGUUGGAGCCCCAAAAAUUAUUGGAACCAGUGUUAGCGUAGGUCGCCCGGUCGCUUCCGCAACAAGAUACGAACUCCAAUCAGUUGUUCAAAACGUGGUUCGUCGAAUUCCCGUGGAAGUAACUAGACAUAUUCAAGUCGCUGUACCCCAAGCCGUACCAGUUCCAGUUCGUCAAGAAGUGAAAGUGCCAGUCCCACAACCCUACCCCGUUCAUGUCAAUGUCGUGAAGCACGUUCCUUACCCAGUGUACAAGACCGAACAUGUUGAAGUAGAAAGGCCAGUCCCAGUAGAAGUAGUAAAGCAUGUCCCAGUCGAAGUUAUAAGAAAAGUUCAUGUUCCGGUUGAGCGGCCCUACGAAGUCAUAAAGAAGGUUCAUGUACCCAUUGUAAAGCACGUUGAAGUUCCCGUAGCCGUCUGGAAACCUUACCCCCUCCAUAUCAUCAAACACGUUACACAUUACAAGAAGAAGAGCUGUUGCUGGUGAAGAGAGUCGUGCCAAAUAGUAAAUAGUAAAAAUAUUUGUAAAUAUCAUAGUCACUAGUUGUAAAUAUUGUGUUAAAAAUAAAAUAUAAAGUAA